AUGCUGACAGCUGCAAGUGCCAACCAAACUGUAGCAACCGUCUUCAUCAUCGUGGGAUUUGAGACACUACGACAUAUGGAAAUCUUACUCUUUGUGCUUUUCUCUUGCAUGUACAUACUCACUCUGGGAGCUCAUUUUCUCAUCAUCAGCCUAGUCCUCAUGGACAACCAUCUUCACAAGCCAAUGUACCUACUGUUAGCCAACUUCUCCUUGGUGGAGAUUCUCUACACCACGGUGACUAUGCCCAAGAUGCUGGAAGCCCUAUUGACCAGGAACAAGGAGAUUUCCUACUCUGGCUGUCUCACCCAGUUCUAUUUUUUCUUUGCCUUCGGGGCAGCGGAGAAUUGUUUUCUGGUUGUUAUGGGCUAUGACCGAUAUGUAGCAAUCUGCCGACCACUCCACUACACUACACUGAUGACUAAAUGGACCAUUUUAGGGUUGUCACUUGCUCCAUGGAUAGUAGGCUUCAUAACCGCUGCGUGCCCUGCUCUGUGGAUCUCUACCCUCAAUUUCUGCUUCCCCAAUUACAUUGACCACUUCUUCUGUGACUAUUCACCACUCUUGAUGCUCUCCUGUGAAGACACAUCCAGAGGAGAGUUCACCUUUUCCGUGAUAUCCUGGAGCUUGACGCUCAGUUGCUUCUUUCUCAUCUUGAUCUCUUAUUCCUUCAUCAUUUCAUCUGUCCUAAAGAUUCCAUCCGUUGAAGGUCAGAAGAAAGCAUUUAGUACCUGUGCCUCCCAUCUCACAGUAGUAUUGAUCUUUAAUGGCACAAUAAUAUUUAUGUACAUACGUCCAAAUGCCCACGUCAGAUUCACACUUGACAAGGUGGUAUCGAUUUUCUACUGUGUGGUGACUCCGCUCAUGAACCCUAUGAUCUACUGCCUGAGGAACAAAGAGGUUGAGAAGGCUCUGAAAAAAGCAUUUCAGAAACAAAGGAUCAGAUGA